AUGUCUAAUUUGUUAGAAAUCAGCUCUGAUGAGCAAUUUGGCGACCUCCUUUCCAAGAAAGAUACUGUCUACGUCUUGAACUUUUGGGCUUCUUGGGCCGAACCUUGUCAGCAAAUGAAUGAAGUCUUUGCUGAACUCGCUGGUAAAUUCCCUGCUCUUCAAUUCCUCAAGAUUGAAGCAGAAGAAUACCCUGACAUCUCUGAAACUUUCGAGAUUUCUGCCGUUCCUACUUUUAUUGUACUCAAGGGUGGCAAAAUUGCUGAACAAAUUGAAGGUGCAAAGGCUGCUGAAUUGACAAAUGCCGUAGCUAAGCAUGCAAAGGGUGUGUUGAAUAAGUUUGCCAAUUCCGCAGCGGCUGGCACAGAUAACGGAGCAAAGCCUGUCAAGGAUUUGAACGCUCGUCUCAAAGCACUUGUGAAUAGCGCACCUGUCAUGAUUUUCAUUAAGGGUACUCCUCAGCAGCCUCGUUGCGGUUUCUCACGUCAAUUGGUCGAGUUAUUAGGAGAGGAGAAGGUCAAAUACAGCUCGUUCAAUAUUCUUGCAGAUGAGGAUGUUCGUCAAGGGUUAAAGGCUUACUCUGACUGGCCAACAUACCCUCAAGUGUAUGUCAAUGGAGAGUUGAUGGGCGGUUUGGAUAUUAUCAAAGAGAUGAUUGCAUCAGGCGAAUUUAAAGAAAUGUUACCCAAAGAAAAGGACCUCAGCACUCGCCUGCAGGAAUUGAUCGAAAAGCAAUCUGUCAUGGUGUUUAUCAAGGGCACACCUGAAGAGCCUCGCUGUGGAUUCUCAAGACAGUUGAUUGCUUUGUUGAACGACAGACAUGUUAAAUACGGUUAUUUUGAUAUCUUAUCAGAUGACGACGUCAGACAAGGCAUGAAGGCUCAUGUAGACUGGCCAACAUUCCCCAUGCUGUUCUAUAAGGGCGAAUUAUUGGGCGGCUUAGAUAUUGUAAAGGAAAUGAUUGAAAGUGGUGAAUUUGAUCAAGUUUUAACUGCUUAA